AUGGGGAAGAAACAGCACAGCAAAGACCGAAUGUUCAUAACCAAAACAGAAUGGGCAACAGAGUGGGGAGGUUUCAAAUCCAAAGAAAAUCGUACCGCUUUCAAACGUCUUCCUUUUUAUUGCUGCGCACUUACAUUUACUCCGUUUGAGUUUCCAGUUUGUACACCUGAUGGAAGCGUUUUCGAUGUUAUGCACAUAACUCCGUAUAUUGUAAAAUACGGUAAACAUCCUGUUACUGGUGCUCCAUUGAAGCAGCAAGAUCUCAUUCCACUAACUUUUCAUAAGAACUCAGAAGGAGAAUAUCACUGUCCAGUUCUAAACAAAGUUUUCACUGAGUUUACACACAUUGUUGCAGUCAAGACUACUGGAAAUGUCUUUUGCUAUGAGGCUGUUAAGGAGUUAAACAUCAAAACAAAAAAUUGGAAGGAGCUCCUCACCGAUGAGACAUUUUCUAGGGAUGACCUUAUAACUAUUCAGAAUCCUAAUGCACUUGACCAGAAGGUUCUUCUGGAUUUUGAUCAUGUUAAGCAAAAUUUGAAAAUUGAUGAUGAAGAACUACAGAAAAUGAGUUCAGAUCCAACCUAUAACAUAAACAUGUCCGGUGAUAUCAAGCAAAUGCUUAAGGAGCUUGGAACUGAGGAAGGAAAGGAAACUGCAUUGCAUGGGGGAGGUGGUGGCAAGGCACAAAAAGAAAGGGCCGCUGCACUUGCUGCCAUUUUAGCUGCAAGGUCACAAGUUAAAGAAGAUUCCAAAUCAAAUCCUGAUGCAACUCCUCAGGCACUCAGUAUUGUAGAUGCUGCAUCUGCCUCAGUACAUGGAAGAAGUGCAGCUGCUGCUAAAGCCUCAUCAAGUGAUAAAACUGCUGCCAGAAUAGCUAUGCACGUGGCUGGUGACAGGGCGCCAGUGAAUGCAAAGCUGGUUAAAAGUCGUUACACUACUGGUGCUGCUUCUCGAUCUUUCACUUCAACAUCAUAUGAUCCAAUUACAGAAAAUGAUUAUGAAUAUGUGAAAGUCGAGAAGAAUCCAAAGAAGAAGGGAUAUGUACAACUGCAUACAACACAUGGUGAUUUGAACAUUGAGCUUCAUUGUGAUAUAGCUCCAAGGGCAUGCGAGAACUUUAUCACACUUUGUGAGCGUGGAUAUUAUAACGGAGUUGCUUUUCAUAGAAGCAUUAGGAAUUUUAUGAUACAAGGUGGCGAUCCUACUGGUACUGGUAGAGGUGGUGAAUCGAUUUGGGGAAAACCUUUUAAGGAUGAACUCAACUCCAAAUUAGUCCACUCCGGAAGGGGCGUGGUUAGCAUGGCAAACAGUGGUCCACAUACUAAUGGUUCCCAGUUUUUCAUCUUGUACAAAUCUGCGAAUCAUUUAAACUUCAAACAUACAGUUUUUGGAGGAGUAGUCGGUGGCUUGACUACACUAGCAGCAAUGGAAAAGGUUCCUGUUGAUGACAGUGACCGACCUCUGGACGAAAUCAAAAUAACAGGUGUGACAACUUUUGUCAAUCCUUACACCGAACCAGAUGAGGAAGAAGAGCAAGCUAAUGCCAAAGAGAAGAAUGCAAAUGAUGAAGAAAAUGACAAAGUUGGCUCAUGGUAUAGUAAUCCUGGAGCUGGAACAUCUGAGUCUGGAGCUACGGGGGUUGGCAGCGGUGGUGUUGGCAAGUACUUGAAGGCUAGAAGUGUUCCAACCGAAUCUGCUGCUGCUGCCGUCGACACCGGUACAACCGUUGUAGGAAAGAAAAGAAAAGCAGUUGUCAGCGGCGGAUUUAAAGAUUUUUCUGCAUGGUAG